AAUCUAUUAGGCCAUGGCCGGCAACCGCCGCUCCCUCUCCCUCUCCAGCCAGCCAUGCGCCACCUAGCCCUGCUGCUCCUCUCUCUGUAUUCUCGUCCUGCUCAUCAUCCCCUUCUCCAGUGCAACAGCGAGUUCGAGAUUCUGGUUUCCAUCUCUUAUGCGGCUUGCACAGUCCCGCCGCCUCCGUCGCCAAUCGCCGGCCAGUCCCGCCGCCUCCGUCGCCAAUCGCCGGCUCAUCGGUGCUCCUUCCGUCCAAUCUCUCUCCCCGGCGGUCGGCCCUACCUUUACUCGCCACACCAGCGUGUGUUUUCUUUUGCAGUUCCUCCUCUAAUUCGGAAUUCUCCUGCCUUCCUUCCUCUCUCUUUAAUUUGUUCCAUUCCUCAUGCCACCCAGCAAUUUCCUCUUUUAAAUCCUCUCCGACAGUAUAUUUUAGACCAUGCUGUAGUGGCUUGUUACAACGCAGAAAACUCACGGAUAAAAACAGGUGGGAUUUCUUAUGCAGGAGCGAGGUGGGAUUAUACAUAGGUUAAUUCAUAUCGAUAAUUCGUUCCAUGAAUCGUCCUGAUUCUUUGUUGGUUAAUUGGGCCACUUGGCUGCUGCCAGGUCCGACCCACGUCCAUAGCGAUGCAUAGAGCCGAAACCAUCGAGGACAUCCGGAGAGAACAAAACGAGCGAAGCGGUACAAUGGCAAGGGGCAGUAAUAUGCGGUUUGGUGGGAAGGUAAAAUAGUCUAAAAAAAAGCGUUGACGAAAAUUUUGGCAGAAAUCUUAGCUCUUUUAUUAUGGCGCCGUAUCUUAUGCAUCCAUAGGAUUCGUGUAUCCCUGCAUCCAAAACAAUUAUGACCAAUUGAUCCUAAUCGUAGCGUUUAGAGAUGCUUUGCUGUGAUUUUUCUAAAGAAACGCCCGCUACCUCCCACCUAGCACUGCAAAUUUGCACAUGCACCCCUAUCGCACCAGACGCACAAGCCCACGUUGUACUCCACGAUCAAUUGGAGUUGCAGGUAUCGACCUCCAUGGCGGCGACCCAGAGCUAGAUUGCAAGACACGGAAAGACUUCAUCGGACGGCCGGAACUCAGACCAAACACAGGAUCACCACACUUGUUGGAUUUCGCCGGAUCUUAUAGGGCGGCUCUCGCCGUGCACUUUCCGCCAAGCAAUGGAAUCUACCAAUAUAUUGCAAAUGCAAAUGAACGGGGAAAGAUUUAGCACACCCAUUAAGAAAGCAAGUGUUCCUCUCUCUUGUUCAUCUUUUAUACCUGAAUGUGAAGAUAAUUUGAAGCCUAAAGUAGGGAUGACAUUUGAGGGACUAGAGGCCGUGGAGAAGUUCUACAAGAAUUAUGCACACGAAUCUGGUUUUGGAGUUCGUGUUGGACAGCAAAAGAAGUUAGUAAAUGAGGUAGUUCGCACUAAACGAUACAUGUGUAACAGGGAAGGAUUCAAGUCUGAGAAGGUUAAAGAGGUAGUUGAUCCAUCAAAGAAAAGGCGUAAGAACACAGCGACAAGAUGUGGUUGUGAUGCACACAUCUUUGUGAAGCUGUGUGGUAAUGAUACAUACAAGAUAGAAUCAUUGGUUGAGCACCACAAUCAUGGUCUUGUGUCACCUGAUAAGCGUCAUUUGAUACGAUCAAAUCGUCAAGUUAGUGAGAGGGCAAAGAAUGCAUUGUACACAUGCCACAAAGCAAGCAUAGGCACAUGCCAGGCAUACAGGCUCCUCCAAGUCAGUGAGGGUGGGAUUGACGGUGUUGGAUGCACAAAGAGAGACUUUCAAAACUAUUAUCGUGAUCUCAGUGAGUGAUGAAGGAAAUUUGAAGUAUGUGUUCUGGGCAGAUGCCAUUCGGUGGGGAGAAGUAAAAGAAUAAAGAGAGGAAAGGAGAUGAAUGGGGAAGAACAGAAAAGGAAGAAAAAAGAAGCCAAGGCCAAGGUCGCGCGCAUGUGCAGGACGUGCAAUACAUUAGGAUUUCAUGAUAGUCGCAAGUGCCCAAGUAAAAAUAGUCAAGGAAAAGAAAUGAAUGUGCAAGAAAUUCAUACAGAUGGUGCAUCAUGAAAGCUGCAACUCUUGCAAGAAAAAACAAUUGCUUAUCAAUAUUACUAUUUUAGUUAGUAUACGAAAUGUCUUUAUGUAAUGGAUUAUAAUUUUUAUUUUGUCUAGCUGUUUAUCUUAGGGUCGGCAGAUUCAAUGUAUUGCAAGUUU